AUGGACACUGCUCUGGAGGCCAGCCUGGGCGCCACUGGCCACAGGCCCCGCACUGAGCCUGAUGAUGAGGACUACUACCCGCAGGGUGGCUGGGAUGUGGUCUUCUUGGUGGCCCUGCUGAUCCUGGGGCUGCCGGCCAACGGGCUUAUGGCGUGGCUGGCCGGCUCACAGGCCCGGCAGGGAGCGGGCACGCGGCUGGCCCUCUUGCUGCUCAGUCUGGCCCUCUCAGACUUUCUGUUCCUGGCAGCAGCAGCCUUCCAGAUCCUGGAGAUCCAGCAUGGAGGGCACUGGCCCCUGGGGACAGCUGCCUGCCGCUUCUACUACUUCCUGUGGGGCGUCUCCUACUCCUCCGGCCUCUUCUUGCUGGCAGCCCUGAGCCUGGACCGCUGCCUGCUGGCGCUAUGCCCAGGCUGGUACCCCGGACGCCGCCCGGUCCGCCUGCCCCUCUGGGUCUGUGCUGGGGUCUGGGUGCUGGCCACACUCUUCAGCGGGCCCUGGCUGGUGUUCCCUGAGGCCGCCGUCUGGUGGUAUGACGUGGCCAUCUGCCUGGACUUCUGGGACAGCGAGGAGCUGCCGCUGCGGAUGUUCGAGAUCCUGGGGGGCCUCCUGCCGUUCCUCCUGCUGCUCGUCUGCCACGUGCUCACGCAGGCCGCGGCCUGCAAGGCUUGCCGCUGCGGCCGGCCCGAGCCCCCCGCCUGCCGUGGCUUCGCCCGGGUGGCCAAGGCCGUCCUGUCGGCCUACGUGGUCCUGCGGCUGCCCUACCACGUGGCGCAGCUGCUGUACCUGGCCUUCCUGUGGGACGUCUACCCUGGCUACCUGCUCUGGGAGGCCCUGGUCUACUCCGACUACCUGAUCCUGCUCAACAGCUGCCUCAGCCCCUUCCUCUGCCUCCUGGCCAGCGCCGACCUCCGGGCCCUGCUGCGCGCCGUCCUCUCCUCCUUCGCCGCGGCCCUCUGUGAGGAGCGGCCAGGCGGCGUCACACCGGCGGAGCCGCAGAACCGGGCAGACUCUGGGGGCCAGACUCUGCCAGGGCUAGUGGUUGAGGCCCAGCCACAGGCGAACCCCACAGCGCAGUCACAGGUGACCCCCACUGCCCAGCCAGAGGUGACCCCCACCACUCAGGCAAACCCCAGCCCCCAGCCACAGGUGAACCCCACCACCCAGCUGGAGGUGAAGCCCACCGGCCAGCCACAGGAGCCCACCAGCAUCCCGCCACAGGAGACCCCAACCGCCCAGCCACAGGAGACCCCCAACACCCUCACUGCCCAGCCACAGGAGACCCCCAACGCCCAGCCACAGGAGACCCCCAACACCCAGCCACAGGAGACCCUCACUGCCCAGCCACAGAUGGAUUCUGGAGCCCAGCUGGACUCCGUGGCCCAGCCACAGGCAAGCCCUGAGGCCCAGACCCCAGAACCCACUGCCAGCACCCAUGACGAAGCCCCCGGCAGCCCAAUCACAGACCCCACCCCAGAGGCCUCUGAAAACCCCGCUGCGGCUGCUGCCGCGGACAGAGAAAGCCCUCAGAGUGGCCUUCCAGAGGAGGCCGCGGGCACAGGCCCCACGUGA